AUGUUCUUGGCUUAUUGUGAGGCAUAUAGGAGCCUUACAACGGACUUUCUGGCCAAGCCGAGCGGCAUUAUGCUGUUCAUACUACCUCCGGGCGGUGGUACAAUAGAUAAUUCAGCUAGGCGAGAGGUUUCACACAAGUACAGCGCUCGCCCAAACAUCUCAUACAGUACCCUCGUCCGAGACAAGAAAGAUGAGACCAACCAACAGGUUAGGUAA